UAGUCUGUUUUGAAGUCGGAAAAUAUCUGAAUUAUUUGUAACAUUUGUAUGGGAAUUUUGAAUAUUUGUUAAAUUGAUUGGCCUCUUUACACUCAUAGGUUUUGUGUUCCCUAUUAGAGUACUCAUCACAUCAUCCAGGGAUCCUGAUCAAGUGAUUAUUUAUACAUAUGUGAUAACUGUUAAUAAUUAUUAAACUUUAAACUUAUCAGUUAAACAAAACAAGGCAUUUCAAAAAAUACUGGAAAAGUUCUGCAGAAAACUGAAAUCAGAGAAAUCCAGGGCAGCAAGAAGAUAUGCCAAAAACGCGCAAUGCUAAGAAUAAAGGUGGAGAUGGUGGUAGACCGCAAUAUAGAGAAGAUUCAUCUGAUGAUGAGAAUAUGUUUAACAUUGGACGUUUAAGAACAUUUUUUGACUUUUUGGUUCAACAUAAUAGUCCAAAUAGAAAGAGAAAAAGCUCUGCUGGCAGAGGAGGUUCCAAGAGAAAGACAUCCCUACCUACAGAUGAUAAUACAUCUGAUUGUUCCCGGUGCCAUCGCCAUCGUAGAUCUCCUAAGAAGAGACCUACUAAGAAAAGUGCAGCAUCAAAAACUCAAAUGAAGGAAUGUUGUGCUUCAACUUCGACGGCAACCAAUAUAGAUCUAGUUGAUUCUGAUUCAGGAGAUGAGAUUAACCCAGUUGUAACCGAGUCGCACAAGGACUCGAUAACGAAGAAGGUAGAUACGUUCUUUCAAAGAUUUGAGUCAGACGAUGAUGAUUACGAUUCAAAACGAGCCAAACCCGCGACUAUGGCGGAGAAGAAAAGCAAAGAAUUUUACACAUUUAAUUCUGAUACUGAGGAAGAACAGGAAAAUACACAAAAGGUUCCCAAUGAGCCAGUUACAUCUAAACCAAGUACAAGUAGUGUGCCAAUUAGCAACAUUGUGACAACUGGCCUAAAGUUAUUAACAUCAGCUCCAUCAUUAAAUUCCGAUAAGAAAGUGCAAGACAUUUUUGCAUAUGUAGAUGAGGUCAUGAAAGAAUGUGAUGAGGUGUUUGUCUUAGAGGAUGAUAAGCCUAAGGAAAAUAUACCUGAGUUGAGUCUAACAGAUCUUAAAAAGAAAACGGCAGAAAUCUUGGCAAAUGUCGAAACUGAAGCAAAAAAUCUAAAGGACAUAUUUGAUCUGAAGGCAAAGGAAACAGAGAAGAAUACUGUGGAACCUACAAAAGAUGCCCCUUGUUGCCCGGUUUGCCUUGAACAACUAGGUGGAGGUCGGCAAGCGAUGUCUACUUUGUGUGGUCAUAUGUUUUGUGAGCCCUGUCUCCAGCAGGUUAUUAAAUCUACUAAGAGCUGUCCUUCAUGUAGAAAAAGGCUUACCAAAAAGUCUAUGUAUCACCCUAUUUAUAUAUAAUUAAUUUUUAUAUUAUUGACUUUUACGCUAUGAAAAAUCGUCGUUUGCAUAUGUUUUUUUUGUAGUGAGUUUAUAAUUAAAUGUGUUAAUAAGCAUUCCAUGGCGUGAUUGUGAUUUGUUAAAAGUAACUGUUGAUUAUUUAAGUUUCGAGAAGGGUGAGAUCAUAGUACAAAUGAAUUUAAGGAACAUUUGUUUAGUAAAAAUUUACUCUAUUCUAUAUUCCAAAAUUGUUGCUAAAGAAAUCGAAGUUUUUAAGAAAUAGUUGAAUUUGCCCUUUUUCAUUUUCUUGUCUAUGAUACUGGUCUGGUUAGGUAGAGAUCUGCAGAAGUAUACUUUUUAAGAAUCUCAAGCCAAUUUUUUUUCCAUUCUACUUUCUCAUAAUUACAAUAUUUAAAAAAAAAAUAAAGAUAAAAAUUUUAUACGGCCUUCAAAAUACUUUACUAAAUUAGAUUUUUAUUUUCAACAAUAGACCUUAAUUGCGGCUAAUUUACAUAAGGUAUUGUAAUAAAAAAUGUAUAUUUAUUGUAAAAAUGUGUAUUUAUUAAACGUACGAGGUACACAUUAACUGAAUGUCUAGGCAGGGUGUAAAUAGGUUUAAAUUAUGGCCAUAAAUAUAAAAAUGCGAGUAAUAUUAUAGGAUUCUAAACAAGUUAUCAUCAUUAUGUAUUUCCGUUACCCUUGGCCCCCUGUAUGUUGCAAAGCGUUAGCUUCUUUUUAAAAAUAUUUAGACUCUUCUUUCACUGGUCCUAAAAUAAAAUUGAAAUACUUCAAAUACUAAUUAUUACAAUAUAAGUGUAGGAUGUCAGUGUAUGAGAGCCAUCGACGUAACAAGGACUUUUCAUUAAUUAUAUAAAUUAUUUUAAUAUUUUUUUUUAAAUGUGAUUUCCAGAUUGAUUUAAUAAUUUGAUUAGAGCUACGUUAAGUAUUUAUUUUGCGUUUGGUCUAUAUUAGGCGCAGGCAGGCAUAUUAACUUAACUUCAUGAAAAGAAUUUACUUUCAAUAUUGUCUAGUAGUAAAUCAACACGAUAUUUCAUACAUGAAACUACUUUAAUUUGAAAAAAGUUUUGCAAAUAGUCUAAAAAGUGUUUUUUUACGUCUUUUCAAAUCUAUUUUUUUCUCAAAGAGUGAUUUUCAACAUAGCUGCUCGCCCCCCUGGAGAAUACAAGAAGACAAAAAUUACUUUUUGAGGAAAAAAUACGCCACAAAUUAAAAAACCAAAAUAGUCGGCCUUGUUGUGUAAGACGACCGACGAUUUUUGAAUGAAAACGAUGAAUAAAAAAUAAAUAAAAUGCCUAAAUAGCUUUUUGCAGCAAAAUACAGUUAAUUUUGGUAGUAAAUGUAUUUUUUAGAGAAUAUUUUUAUGUGAGUGAUUUUUGUAUUAUAGUAAUUAUUAUUUAAA